CACUUCCGGGUCAUGAGUCGUUGGUGAGGUAUCGCGAGAACAUGAUGGGGAAGUUGCUUUUGAGUAACAUGGUGAGGCGUUCAUGUCCCCAGACACAGAACUGCGUCAAUGGCGGGACAAUUGAAGAGACGCCUUAAAGAUGCGGUGAAGGUCAUCGGGUCAGGAAGCCUCCUGUUUGCCUCUUACCUCACUGCCGUUGGAGAUGAGCGUUUCUAUGCCAACCAGCUGAUGCCUCUGCUGCAGAGGAUUGUGGGGCCAGAAAUGGCACACGUGUUUGCGGUCAAGAUAAUGGGAAUGGGCCUUGUUCCUCUGAACCGCUACCAGGAUCCUGCAGCUUUAGAGGUGACCACACUUGGCCUGAAGUUUAAAAACCCUAUUGGCAUUGCAGCCGGCUUUGACAAGCAUGGGGAAGCUGUGGACGCUCUUUACAAGUUGGGGUUCGGCUUUGUUGAGGUUGGGACAGUCACUCCAAAGCCACAGGAGGGGAACCCGAAACCACGAGUGUUUCGGCUCCCUGCCGAUAAUGCAGUAAUAAACAGGUAUGGAUUCAACAGCUGCGGUUUGGCGGAGGUUCAAACCCGCCUGAAGGCCAGAGAAGAAACACAGCAGCAGUUAACUAAAACUGGCCUUCCCCUCGGCAUCAACCUAGGAAAGAACAAGCUUUCCCAGGAUGCAGCGGCAGAUUACAAAGAGGGGGUUAAAGCUCUGGGCCCGCUGGCUGAUUACCUUGUGGUCAACGUCAGCAGUCCAAACACGCCAGGUCUCCGAGAUCUACAGGGCAAGGCUGAGCUUCGGCAGCUCUUAUGCACAGUGUUAAAGGAGCGUGACGCCCUGCCGGACGCACACAGGCCCCCCGUCCUGCUGAAGAUCGCUCCUGACCUCACAGCCCAGGACAAGCGAGACAUUGCUGACGUGGUAGCUGAGCUGGGAGUGGAUGGUUUAAUGGUGACUAAUACAACUGUGUCCAGGCCAGAGACGCUUCAAGACCCACUUAAGUAUGAGACUGGGGGGUUAAGUGGGCAGCCUCUCAAAGAAAUGUCCACCAACACUGUGAGAGAAAUGUACAAACUCACCAAAGGAAAAGUGCCAAUAAUUGGAAUUGGAGGGGUUGCCAGUGGGCAGGACGCCAUGGAUAAAAUUCGAGCGGGGGCUUCUCUGAUUCAGCUCUACACUAGUUUGACCUAUCAGGGGCCGCCUGUAGUGACGAAGGUCAAAAGAGAAUUAGAGGACCUUCUUAAAGAUCAAGGCUUCAGCUGCGUAGCCGAGGCGGUCGGUGCCGAUAACAGGGACGCAGAUGGGAGACGCUAACGCCGACACUCCAGGGCUCUGAAACACCUGUCACUGCCAUUUCUGCAGAACAGCAUCAAGACCAUCGUCGACUCCUAAUGGAUCCUGGGGUAAAGUCAUUGCCCAUUUGUCCAUUCUGACGUCCUUUAUUCACAAAAAAGAUCUAUAUAGUCCUGCCUUUACAUAUAAAGUCCUUCAUGAAUAAUGAAGAUGCAUCUGUAUUAUUAAAGAGCUGAGAUCGGCAGCUUGAUUUCAGUUUUUUAAAAUGUUUUGUUACAGUGUAACAGCAGUUUGUUUCUUACUGGUAGCAUAACUUUUCUGAAUUCAGGUUGUUUCACAAAGAUUUGUCAUUCUAAUGUUUUUAAAGUGACAAAGUACUUUAAAUGCAGGGAGGACUUAGGUGCAACUGUCUUCUUCUUUUAUUCUAUUAAAGUACACACAUUUGGAAAUGUACUAAACAUUGAAAGAUUAAAAAAAUGUCCAAAGCAGUAAA